GUUUGUAUGAAUUCAAAACAUUCAAAUCAUUCUGAAAACAUGGAGGAGAUUUCAUCUUGGAGAGAGAGCUAUCAAAUGAAGUUCAUCUUCUACCUGGCAGAUGACCUCUCCUCUACAAUAAAUCCACCAGAGAAUGCCACCAUGGCCUCUCCCCACUCAAAGACCUAUACAGUGGCCGUCCGCCUGUCCAACACAGAGGAGAAACCCCUGACCAAGCAUAACCUGCAGGUGCUGUCAAUGAGCAUCCCUGACCUGCACCAGCGCAUCACGGGCAGCCCCCAGCCCUUCACCUUCCAUAAGGCCUACCUGCAGUGGGACGCCGUGCCCAGGACGUGCCCUGGACCCCAAACCUCCACGCCACCCAAAUCAUCCAGUCCAACCCACUGCACCAUCCCGUCCAAGUCAUCCACCCCUGUCCAGUGCAUCAUUCCGCCCAAGGCCCUGAGGCGCAGCCUGGGAAAGCCAGACAUCACCACCCAUGCCACGCCAAACAAGGAAGACCAGCCUUCCUGUUCCGUACAGGAAAAUGAAACCACGGCUCCCGACUGGCUGAAAUGCGACGGGUCAUUCAUACCGGGCCUCAGCAACAAGGAGUGGACGACGGUGAGCUUCGAGAACGAGGAGUUUGUACGCUGCAUAUCGCCGGUGGCGUACACCGACAACGCGAGAGACGUCGCCGGCAGGUGCAACAUUGCUGACUACACCGAGUACGGCCAGCUGGUGUUCUCUGUUGACGUGGACUUCCUCCAGAGGUGGAGCGUCGAGGCGGGAGGCGAAGAACUGACUGGUCCCACCGCCGCUGCAGUGGUCUCCGACGAGAGGAUGAAACAGCCACAGACGCCUUCGAGCAGGAGGAAAACUCCCAGGAGCAAGAAACGGCACAGCGCCACCACGCAGCGGUCAUCAGGGGCCAGUCACGCCACGGCAUCCAGAAGCCCCAUCAGGAUCUAAAGUGUACCGCUCAGAGAACUGAGAAAAAAACAUCUAAAAAACAGCAUCUGUUCUGUUGCCAUUUUUAAGGAAACAUUUAGAAGAGGGUACUAUGAAACUCCUGUUGAUAGAUAUUUGUAAAUGUCUUCAAAAUUACUAAAAAAAGACAUAUACAGUAUUCUCUGCAGUAUGUAGAGGUAUUGUCUUCGAAAUGACUAAAGGACAUAUAUAAUUUGCGGUAUGUAGAGAUAUAGAACAAAUAUGGCAAGUAUAACUGGGUUUUUUAAUGAAACAAUACAAAAGGUAUUCCUGAAUAUUGUCAUCUUUAUUUUGUAUGUUGUCAAGGCAACUAUGGGCAGUCUCAACAAAUCAAAGGAAUUCAUGACACAGCAUACUUUCAGUCUUAGUUCAU